AUGUGGCAGUCCAAGCCAGUCCUGAUGCUCCUCCUGCUCGCCGUCUCCACAGUGGCGACCAGCGGCAAGCCGCUGCUCACGAAGAUCACCAAGGGCGCGUCCACGGCGCUCUACACCGCGCCUCUCAGCGCCGGCCGGCCGCUGGUCCUCGACCUCUCCGCCCCGGCCAUCACGACGCCGUGCAGCGGGCAGACGACGACCGUCACGCUCUCCGCCAACUCCACCAACGGCAGCAACACUCUGUCCCCAGUCUCCUUCGCCGCCACCGCCACCUGCGCGGCGGCCCCGUCCGGCGCCGUCGGCGUGGCGGGGCUCGCGCGCUCCAGCGCCUCGUUCCCGGCGCAGGUUGCCAGUACGCAGAAGGUGGCCAACUCGUUCGCGCUCUGCCUCCCGAGCGACGGCAGGACCGGGUUCAGCGGCAACGGCGUGGGCGCGGCCAUCUUCGGCGGCGGUCCGUUCUUCCUCGCGCCCCCGGCUGACCGGCCGUCCAUCACGACGCUCCUCUCCGACGGCAUCCCACUCCGCCAGCCCUUCGCCGGGAACCCUGGUUACUUCGUCUCAGCCACCAACGGCAUCGCCAUAGACGGUACGCGCGUGGCCGUGUCCGGCUCCGGCGCGCUCGUGGUCGGCCUCUCCACCACGAUCCCCUACGCGCAGCUCCGGAGCGACGUGUACCGCCCCGUCAUCGCGGCCUUCGACCGCGCCAUGGGUGCCAGCGCCAAGGUGGCGGCGGUGGCGCCAUUCGAGCUGUGCUACGACUCGUCGAAGCUGGCGCCGACGCGGUUCGGGUACCUGGUGCCGAACAUGGACGUGAUGCUGGAGGGCGGGACGAACUGGACGGUGGUGGGCGGCAACUCCAUGGCGCAGGUGAAUAGCGGCACGGCGUGCUUCGCGUUCGUCCGGUCGGGAGGCAGCACGGGGAGCGCGACGCCGGCGGUUGUGAUCGGAGGGUUCCAGAUGGAGAACAAGCUGGUGGUGCUGGACAACAGCAAGAAGACGCUCAGCUUCACCCAGAACCUCCCGGGCAUGGGCUUCUCCUGCAGCAACUUCAAUUUCACCAAGGCCGCCUAG